GAUCAAACCCUCUCAGCAGUUUUGGUUUCAACGCACUUCUGCAAACCUCCGGAGAGCAUACGCGAGCAAGCCAGAGCCUCAGAAAGGACCUGCACCAGGGCUUGUGUAUUUUCACAUCCCAUUGCCUGAAUUUGCAAGUUUUGAUUCAUCCAACUUCACAGGGGUGAAACAGGAAGGCAUUAGCUCUGCUUCUGUGAAUUCCGGUUUCUUCACGACCAUGGUGCAGGCAGGGGAUGUGAAGGCUGUUUUCACAGGACAUGAUCAUCUGAAUGACUUCUGCGGUGAGCUAACUGGUAUACAACUUUGUUAUGCUGGGGGCUUUGGAUACCAUGCCUAUGGGAAGGCUGGAUGGUCAAGGAGGGCAAGGGUGGUGGUAGCAUCUUUGGAGAAGUCAGAGAAGGGAGAUUGGGGACCUGUUAAAUCAAUCAAAACAUGGAAACGCCUUGAUGAUCCAUACCUCACUGCUAUAGAUGGUCAAGCCCUGUGGAGCAAGAGCCCUGCAGGAGGUCGUACAAAGGAAUAAGUUGGCAGUUCUUGAGUUAUGGUGCAAGAGCUUGUUUACUGCGCUGAUAGCCAGCAACUCGACUGGAGGGCGUAUGUUUCGAAUCUAGCUAGCCAGGAAAGUUUUGCAUGUUAUACCAUUGUAGAUCGAGAUAUAUGUAGCAAUGAAGUAAGUCAAAACAGGGCCGGACAAUAAAUGGAUAAUUAUGUCUGUGGAAAGAUCAAAGAUUUGAUGAAUAAAAUGCUAUGUAUUGCUAGCAAGUAGAUGCAAAGCUUCAGAAAGACUGAAGUGCCUUUUUAUGAA